AUGCUGUCUAAAGAAGAGGUGAAAGGCAUUUGGAAAGCUAUAAGUUCCGGAAAUGAACGUAGACACUAUAAUUCAUUGGUGAAACUAGUCCAUGGAUACAACGAGCUAUUGGAGAAUAAUGGGCUUCUAGAGACGUACGAGGAAGAUUUCCGCUAUGUGACCAUUGCACUAAGCCAAAUUUUCAUCAAAUUGUUUGAAAGGGGCCAGCUAAUGCCCCAUCUAGCAUCGAAUGCCAACGAGAAGAAGUUCUUCGAGUGGUGUAAGAAGGUAUAUUUAAACUAUAAGGCCAAGUUAUUGGCGGUGAUCGAGUCGCUUACGGAGGAGAACUCCCUAAGUCUUGAUUGUUUGGAUUCCUAUAUGAAAAUGUUGCAUUACGAGUCUAUUUACUGGACGUCCAAGCCAAACAGUCCAUUUUUCCCAAACAAAACACUUCGGUCGCUAUUGAGUGCUCUUUUCAAAUGUAACUACGUGGCUGAUAUUGAUUUGAAGGAUGGACAGAGCAACAAUCCUGUGUUUGAGCUCUUUGUGGAAACCUAUUACAAAAAGAAUUUUGAUAUCCAGUUUUACACUCAAUCGGAACUACAAACAUUAUUACCAGAAAUCCAGGUUAGCGAUCAGAUCAAGAUGUCAAAAUGGUUGAAAUUAUCCAACCAUGACCUACACAGUGCUCCAGAACUAGAGAUAUUUGUGUCAAUGCCUCCACAGGCGAUAGAAAACGACGCGAAGUUCAAAUCCAUGAUAGAAUCCAAUUGGUUGUACUGUCUCAACUUACAAGAUCUAUCUACAAACCAAUAUAAGACUGUGUUGCUUGUCUUCCACAAGAGAAUCAUACCGUGGUUCCAUCAGCCAACCAAGCUCAUGGACUUCUUGACUGACUCUUACGACCAAGGUGGCAUUGUAUCCAUUCUCUCCUUGAACGGUCUCUUCGAACUAAUGCGCAAAUUCAACUUGGAAUAUCCAAACUUCUAUUCAAAACUUUAUCAACUUCUCACACCAGAACUAAUGCACGUCAAGUAUAGAUCAAGAUUCUUCAGACUACUAGAUACUUUCCUAUCCUCUACACAUUUAUCAGCUCAACUAGUGUCCUCGUUCAUUAAGAGAUUAGCCCGUCUCUCAAUCUCUGCCCCACCCGGUGCUAUUGUGUCCAUCGUGCCAUUCGUAUACAAUUUGAUUAGAAAGCACCCUACUUGUAUGAUUCUUCUUCACGACCCAGAAUACAUAAAUUGUGACUCUUCCAAGAAACAAGAGUAUAAGGAUCCAUUCAACAAUGAAGAAACAAACCCAGAACUCACAAACGCAAUUUCAUCGUCGUUGUGGGAAUUGGAGUCACUAAUGAACCACUACCAUCCUAAUGUAGCGACUUUGGUGAAGAUCUUCAAGCAACCAUUCCAAAAACUAAGCUACAAUAUUGAAGAUUUCCUCGACUGGUCGUAUGAUUCUUUACUACAAGCAGAAGCUAACAGAAGACUAAAAAUCCAACCUGCUUUGGAGUUCGAACAAUUCGAUUCCCUUUUCGAGACAAACAACGAAACCUCCGCAUCUACAUUUGUACCACUGGUUAAAUGGUAA